AUGUUCCAGCCUGCACCGGCACCAGCCACCCCUCUGGGCCGCUACCGAGUCUUGUCGUCCACUGCCGGUGUGCGAGUGUCGCCCCUCCAGCUGGGCGCCAUGAGCAUUGGAGAUGCCUGGAACGAUUUCAUGGGCAGCAUGAGCAAGGAAGACAGCUUCAAGCUGCUCGACGCCUUUGAGGCUGCCGGUGGCAACUUCAUCGACACUGCCAACAAUUACCAGAAUGAGCAGUCGGAAGAGUGGAUUGGAGAGUGGAUGCAGAAGAAGAAGAACCGUGACUUCAUGGUCAUUGCCACCAAGUUCACCACCUGCUACAAGAUGGAGAAGGACGGCAAGGGCAAGACGGUCAACCAUGCCGGCAACCACAAGCGCUCGCUUCAUGUCAGUUUGCGGGACAGCUUGGCCAAACUCCAGACGGACUACAUUGACAUUCUGUAUCUGCACUGGUGGGAUUGGACCACCAGCAUUGAGGAGAUCAUGGACUCGCUUGAUGCCAUGGUCAAGUCGGGCAAGGUUCUCUACCUCGGAAUUUCAGACACUCCUGCCUGGAUCGUGUCUGCCGCGAACGAGUACGCCAAGUCACACGGCAAGACCCAGUUCUCCAUCUACCAGGGCAGAUGGAACGUCAUGCUCCGCGACUUUGAGCGGGAUAUUCUUCCCAUGGCUCGCCACUACGGCAUGGCUCUCGCUCCGUGGGAUGCCAUUGGCGGAGGAAAGUUCCAGACCAAGAAGCAGCUGGAGGAGCGCAAGAAGAACAAUGAAGGCUUGCGCAGCAUCAUGGGCCAAGGACAGAAUGAAAAAGAGGCCAAAAUGUCCGCAGCACUGGAGAAGGUGGCCAAUGCCCAUGGCUUAGAGUCCCCAACCGCCGUGGCCCUGGCAUAUGUGAUGGCCAAGGCACCGAAUGUCUUCCCCAUUGUGGGUGGUCGCAAAGUCGAGCACCUUCACCAAAACAUCAAGUCCUUGGAGAUUAAGCUCUCGCAGGAGCAAAUCGACGAGCUGGAGAGCGUGCUCGACUUCGAAGUCGGCUUCCCCAACAACUUCAUCGGGCCCGACCCUCAUAUCACGGGACAGGCAUCGGGUCUGCUCGGCGCAAUAGCCCCCAUGGCGUUUGUCAAGUCUGGCUUGCCCAUUGGCCACGAAUAG